CAACCCUCCGGAGGCGGCCCCGGCCGCGGGGAGCUGGGGGUGCUGCUGACUCGCCGGGGCUGCUUCAGUGCCUGGUUCGGGGUUAAGCGCAGGGGAGACUCGCGAGCCCCAGCCGAGCCAGCGGAGCCGGCGGCGGCCCCCUCCCUCUCCGCCCCGGUCAAUGGCCCCUCGGUGCGCCGCCGCGCAGCUCCGGGCUCCGAGAGCGCCUUGCCCCGCCGAGCAGCCCCUCCGCGUGGCGUGAGUGCAUGAAGCAGUGAUGGGCAACACGGUGCACAAGACCCUGGCAGCUGCACUAGAGGAGCAGAAGGAAAGGAGAAAUAUACAAGACACCAGUCAACAGGCUCGCUCUGUAUCCCACAGGCCUUAUUACACACUGCCUAACAGUAGCCAUGAGAGGCGGUCUGUUCUCACCAUUACUGAACCUCCGCGAUUCCAUUUCCAGGCCAAAGGAAAAAACAUACGCCUGGAUGCCCAUUCCCGCAAAGCCACCCGGAGGAACAGUUUCUGCAACGGCGUCACUUUCACCAACCGGCCCAUCCACCUCUACGAGAAAGUGCGUCUCAAGCUGGUGUCUGUGCACCACGGGUGGAGCGGGGCCCUGCGCUUUGGCUUCACCACUCACGAUCCAUCGCAGAUGAGCGCAGACGACAUACCAAAAUACGCCUGCCCAGACCUGGUGACACGGCCAGGCUUCUGGGCCAAAGCCCUGCCAGAGAGGUUUGCACUAAGAGACAACAUCUUGGCGUUCUGGGUCGACCGCCAUGGGAGAGUUUUCUAUAGCGUUAAUGAUGAAGAGCCAAUUCUGUUUCACUGUGGCGUCAAAGUCUCCGGGCCUCUCUGGGCACUGAUAGAUGUCUAUGGAAUCACACAUGAAGUGCAAAUACUAGACAGCAUGUUUGCCGAGACGAUGACCUCCACCCGUCUCAGCAACGCACGACUCAGCACUUGCCUUCCACAGAGCAGCCAUGACUCAGCCAACUUCAACAACAACGAACUGGAAAACAACCAGGUGGUGGCCAAAAUUGCUAAUCUGAACUUGAGCCGUAUGCCUGCGCUGCCGACAGAUAAUCACACCAUCCCUUGCUGUCCAAGCAGGCGGCAGCUUGCCCAAGUGGUGCCUGCCUUUCUUGAUACAGAUCUGCGUUUCCACCCUACUCGUGGGCCCGACAUUAACUUUUCUCAGGACCGGAUGUCUGCCUGCACCAACUGGCAAGAGAGCAAUAGGACUUUGGUGUUUUCCGACCGGCCUUUGCACAUUGGCGAAAGCCUCUUUGUGGAAGUUGGACACCUGGGGCUGCCGUACUAUGGAGCCCUCACGUUUGGCAUCACUUCUUGUGAUCCUGGUACUUUACGAACAAAUGAGCUCCCAGCGGAUCCAGACUUCCUUCUGGAUCGCAAAGAAUACUGGGUGGUUUGCCGAGGUUUCCCAGUCCUCAACAAUGGGGACAUCCUCAGCUUUGUGGUCUUGCCAAAUGGAGAAGUGCACCAUGGAAUAAACGGGAUCAACCGUGGGAUGCUGAUGUGCGUUGAUACCUCGCAGUCACUGUGGGUAUUUUUCACGAUCCAUGGUGUAAUCAAUCAACUCAAAAUAUUAGGCACUGUGCAGUCCAGCCCUGUGACAGUCUCUCCCUCAGGAUCCCCUGGAGGCUCCCAAUAUGACAGUGACUCAGAUAUGGCUUUCAGCGUGAACAGGUCUUCUUCCGCUUCUGAGUCAUCCCUAGUGACUGCUCCAAGUUCACCUCUGAGCCCUCCAGUGUCUCCCGUGUUCCCACCUCCGGAGCCGUCAAGCAGCAAGAAUGGCGAGUGCACCGUUUGCUUUGACAACGAGGUGGACGUGGUGAUCUACACCUGUGGACACAUGUGCCUCUGCAACACCUGUGGUCUUAAGCUGAAGAAACAACUCAAUGCCUGCUGCCCAAUCUGCCGACGGGUCAUCAAAGACAUUAUUAAAAUCUACCGCCCUUAAACCCCA